UCAACUCCACCCUUGUAUAAAGGGCUUACUGCAACAACAAGAGAGCUCCAAAAAUCUCUAACCCCAACAAUCACCAUCAAUGGCUCCUCCCCUCCCUCCUCAUUUCUUCUCUCUUUUACUUCUUGCUAAUCUCCUCGUCAUCGUCGCUGUAGCUCGGCCUCUUUCGACGGUCGAAAGAGCCAAUGCAGGUGAGCCCACUAUGGCUUAUGCACCAUCUUCAAGCUUGAAUCCAAUUGAACUACAUAUGACAACUUUUGCGGGCGCACCGGAGAUCAGCCUGCCUCAUCAUCGACAGCAUCGAGCCUUCGACAAAUCGUUCGCGGGAGGGGAAGUGAUCCUCGGUGGGCUCGCCACUGCGAUCCUCGCCGCCGUCUUCUGCUACAUUAGAGUCACUAGGGAAAGAGUGGAAGAUGAGAAAUCUUGAAGUGGUUGUAUUAACAUGUUUUGCUUAAACAAGUUUUACAAAUGCUACUUUAAGUGAAAAUCAAUGUAUAAAGAGGCCAUCUUGGAUAUUGAAAUGGAUAGGAUAUGUUGUGUAAAAUAUUCUUCUAUGUUUUUCCCCAUUUUCCUUAGUUUUGUUUAAAUUUAAAUAGGU